CUGGGGGCGACAAUCUCUGGGCUAGCCCGUGGGGCCUUUUCGCCGAAAGAGGUCACGCGUGCAUUAAGCCCAUGACGCGGUUCGCCUCGUUUUGGCAUACAGGACUUGCGUGUGGAAUGGGGCAAGCCCUCGUGGUUUGUUUACUAAACCCGAAAUGUGUGAACCCUCCCAGAGAGGUGAUACCGGUCAAGGGAUAAGAGACUGGAUCAAGCAGGUUUUGAAGCAAGAUUUGUCUUUCCAACAUAUAAAAGUCAUUUAUCCAACAGCUCCUGCCAGACCAUAUACACCAAUGAGGGGAUCUUUGUCCAAUGUGUGGUUUGACAGAUACAAGAUCUCUAAUGAUUGCCCAGAACAUACUGAAACCAUUGAUGUGAUGUGUCAAGCACUUAACAGUUUGAUUGAUGAUGAAGUUAAAAAUGGCAUCAGGAAAAACAGAAUACUGUUGGGUGGUUUUUCAAUGGGUGGAUGCAUGGCUUUACAGUUGGCUUACAGAUAUCACCAAGAGGUGGCCGGAGUAUUCGCUCUUUCAAGUUUUCUCAAUAAGAAUUCAGCUGUUUACCAGGCACUGGAGAAGAAUGAAAGAGAACUCCCAGAGUUGUUUCAGUGUCAUGGAACUGCUGAUGAACUGGUUCUGUAUUCUUGGGGAGAAGACACCAACAAAACAUUAAAAGCUCUGGGAGCAAGAACUACAUUUCUGAGUCUACCAAACCUUUAUCAUGAACUAAGCAAAAGUGAGCUAGAAAAACUGCAAUCUUGGAUUUUGAAAAAAUUGCCAGAAGAGCUUUGAUUAAAGAACAAUAAUG